CGCCGCUCCUCCUCCCGGCAGGCUGGCUGAUGAGUCAGCUGACGCCGGCGCUCCAGCCUCGCCUCGCGGCGCUGCGCUCUCUGCGCUCCCCCAAAGUGGCUGCAAACCGGCCGCCCACUUUCAGGUUUUGGGGGACGGAGAAAGUGAUGUGCGCCUUCUGAAGCCACGCCGGGCCGCAGCCGUAGCCGCUUCACCUUGUCAACUUUCUCCUUCCCCACCCCAAAGCCUUCUCUUGACCCUGGCCUCAGCCCUCCCCAAAGCCACUUAGGGUGCGUGCGCUUGGGUGAGGAGGGGGGUUGUCACUGGCUGUCCGGGAUGGCUUCCAAUUUUAAUGACAUAGUGAAGCAAGGGUACGUGAGGAUCCGGAGCAGACGCCUAGGGAUGUGUCCAAAGGCAUAAAUGUUUAUGCAGCUCUCGAACAUUUUCAUUGGAUGCAGUUUUUUACAAAUUAUAUACAUAUUUAUCAACGAUGUUGGUUAGUAUUCAAGAAAGCUUCAAGCAAAGGUCCAAAAAGACUGGAGAAAUUUUCCGAUGAACGUGCUGCAUAUUUUAGGUGUUAUCAUAAGGUUACAGAACUCAACAACGUGAAGAACGUAGCUCGGUUGCCAAAAAGCACCAAGAAACAUGCCAUAGUGAUUUAUUUCAAUGAUGAUACCUCCAAGACCUUUGCUUGUGAAUCAGAUCUUGAGGCUGAUGAAUGGUGCAAAGUUCUCCAGAUGGAGUGUGUAGGGACACGAAUCAAUGACAUCAGCCUUGGAGAGCCUGACUUACUGGCUACAGGGGUUGAGAGAGAACAGAGUGAGAGAUUCAAUGUGUAUUUGAUGCCAUCUCCUAACUUAGAUGUACAUGGCGAAUGUGCCUUGCAGAUUACAUAUGAGCACAUCUGUCUUUGGGACGUCCAGAAUCCCAGAGUCAAACUCAUCUCUUGGCCGCUAAGCGCCCUGCGGCGGUAUGGACGAGAUGCUGCUUGGUUCACUUUUGAGGCAGGGAGGAUGUGUGAGACUGGUGAAGGGCUGUUUAUCUUUCAAACGCGAGAUGGGGAGGCCAUCUACCAGAAAGUCCACUCUGCUGCCUUGGCCAUAGCCGAGCAGCACGAGCGCUUGCUACAGAGCGUGAAAAAUUCAAUGCUGCAGAUGAGGAUGAGUGAGCGGGCCGCCUCGCUGAGCACCAUGGUGCCCUUGCCUCGAAGCGCCUACUGGCAGCACAUCACGCGGCAGCACAGCACGGGGCAGCUCUACCGCCUGCAAGAUGUCACCAGCCCUCUGAAGCUUCAUCGAACAGAGACUUUUCCUGCCUACCCAUCUGAGCACUGACGGAACUGCCAAGAAUUGCUGUGUGACAUGCUUGUGAUGUGUCAGGCACAGAUCCACCCGGGAGGUCAGAGGAUGACCCCAAGGGAAGCGCUGAAGAAAAGAAGCUACACGUCCUGGCUAACUGGUCCUUGGGAAACUCUGCAAUACCAUAUUUGUCUUUUUCUUUUUUUCCUUUCGUUUUUUUUUCCCCCUUAAAAAAAAACUUAGCAUAAUUGAAACCUUUUCCUUAAAAGGUUUUUCUUUUUUCUUUCCUUAAAAAAAAAUUAGCAUAAUUGAAACCUGCUCUAUAGACAUCGACGUUUUCUUCCCUCUUUUACAGUUGGACAGAAAGGAGUCGAUGCCACAAAAUGAUUUUCUAUUGUAGAUACCAUGUCCCUUGCACCUCUCUGAAUCUAUCCUUUUGCCGAUUCUUGUGGUUUUUCCUUCUGAGUGUUUCAAUUGUAUGACAGUACUGACGAUAAAAUGGCUCUUAAUUAUUUGUUAUUUGUUUAGACCGUAUUCCUCAGUUAUGCAUAUUAUGGUUCUGCUUAACUGUUGGCCAUCAUAUUUUAUUAUAUUCCCCAUUAGUUAAAUCAGUGCUUUAACUCAGUAUUACCUAUUAUGUUAAUAAAUCACCUUUCCAAGCACCCUUUAUAUUCUUUAUAGGGUUACAAUUUCUCUCUCACACUAUCUCCCCUCUCCCUCCUUUUUAAAAAAGCCUUUAUUUUGUUUGGUGUACUUUCCCAAAACAUUUUAAAAUAAAAGAUCAUUCUUCACCCAUA